GCUCUUUGAAGGGCCGUUCUUGAGCACAGAGCAUACUGAGCUGAUGAAACAUGGCUUGAAAGAUGGAUCGGCUUUACAGGGGAGCAGAGUCCAUUGGCUCCUAUACUGUGAAAACCUUUUCCUGGCCGUUCUGUUAUCUACAAAAGAUCCUCAUCUCAGCCCCACCAGGAGAGCCAGAAAUUUCAUGGGCAUGCAAUGCCACAGGAGACAGGAAACAGCCAUUCUUGCCUGUCAGCCAGCCCCGAUGUCUGACAGAGAAAGAGCUCACCCCAAAGAAACUGCAGCUCCUUCUGGUGGGGAAAACAGGAAGUGGGAAAAGUGCAACAGGAAACAGCAUCCUUGGCAGGCAAGUAUUUGAGUCCAAAAUCAGCGCUAGACCAGUGACCUUGACCUUCCAGAAAGGGAGUAGAGAGUGGGAUGGAAAGGAGGUUGAGGUGAUCGACACCCCGGACAUUUUGUCACCUCAGUAUCAGCCUGAAGUGGCAGCUGAGAAGAUCUGUGAAGUCUUGGCCUCUCCGGGGCCCCAUGUGGUGCUCCUGGUCAUACAGGUGGGCCGGUACACGGCAGAAGACCAGCAAGCUGCCAGGCGCCUCCAGGAGAUCUUUGGAGAAGGGAUCCUGGCUUACACCAUUCUGGUGUUCACUCGGAAGGAAGACCUGGCUGGGGGCUCCUUGGAGGAAUAUGUUCAAGAGAACAACAGUAAGAGCCUGGAUGAUCUGCAUGUUGCGUGUGAGAGGCGACACUGUGGCUUCAACAACAGGGCACAAAGGCAUGAGCGGAAGGCCCAACUGGAGGACCUUAAGGAGAAAAUCGACUUGGUCUUGUGGGAAAACGAGGGCCACUGUUACACCACAAAACUUCCAAAUGUUCCCAGAAAAGCAGUUUAACCACAGAG